AUGUCAAGAACUGCGAUUUACGCAUUGGCUUUUAUCCUUUGCGCGAAUUUUGCUCAAGCGCAUUCACAUCAUAAUGUCACUGAGAUAGAUUUCACUGUACCUAUAGAUGGAAAGAUAUAUCUCCACGGAGCACUGCAAACUUUCUUAUGGGGAAUCUCAUUUCCUAUAGGAAUGGUCUUAGGUUUGUCUAAAUCGAAAUACCAUGUUCCGCUACAAACGAUAAAUACCGUACUUGUCUUUGUGGGAAUGUAUUUUGGUCACCAUCAUGGAGGAAGACAAUAUCCUGAAACUGUACAUGGAUUAAUGGCGAAGAUCAUAAAAUGGGUUCUAUUGUCCCAAGCAGGCAUUGGAAUUUUUCUGAGAUUGCAUAUAUUGGAGAAAAACGUUAGACCAUGGAUUGUUCCUAUUCAUUCUUUGAUAGGGAAGAUAUUCCCUAUAUUAGGUUGGACCCAAAUGCUCUUCGGAGUAGCUACCGCGCUUGGAUUUUGUCGAGGUGGAAAUUUAGGUCAAUGUGCCGCUCAUUAUAUAAUGGGAUCAGCAUUCAUCGGAUACGCAGCGAUCAUGGUCAUCAUGUUACAAGUUGGAGGGAAAUGGUUAGCGAAAACAGGAAGAAGUCAGGAAAUGUUGGAUAGUUCUGUUAUAAUGGUCUGGGGAAUAAUCAACACUUUCACCGAACAUCAUGGAGGUCCAUGGUCGCAUAAAGAUAUGCAGCAUACAAUGAUGGGAGUACUUUGGUGGGCUGGUGGUCUACUAGGUAUCUUUUUGAGUAGAAAUGGGAAAAGGUCUUUUGUUCCCGCGGUAAUUAUCAUCAUGACAGGAUGGGGCAUGAGUGCACAUGAACAAGCUUUGAUGAUAUCUUCAAAGAUUCAUGCUUUAUUUGGAUACGCUCUUAUUGCGGCUGGUACUUUGAGAUUGAUCGAGGUUUGCUUUGUACUCAACGAUAAACCCACACCCCCAGGAACAGUCAGGAUCUUCCAGCAUUUACCACCAUAUCUAUUGACUCUAGGAGGCACAUUAUUCAUGUCAGCCACAGAUGAAGAAAUGCAUAAUGCAGAUGGGUUAGGCAUCGAUCACGUCACAUAUGCUUUAUUCGAUUUUUCAUUAUCGUUUUUACUAUAUUUAAUCAUUACUUUCCUCGUACAUCUUUAUUCGAAUUCGGGGAAGAACGCAUCAUCGGAUCAUGAAGGAGAUGAUAUGAACGCUGAAGAAAUCGGAUAUGCGAAAUUGAAUCAAAACGGCAACGCUGUAGCCAAUCACAAAAACCAGCAUUUUGAAGAAGAAGAAGAUGACGAAGAUGGACCUGAAGCAUAUGAAUUGACCGAACAUGAUGUAGCGAAUGAAGCAUCCGGAUCAGGAUCAAGGUCAAGCGAUGAUGCUAGUGGAAGGAAAAUAAGAGGUGAAAGAGGUCAUCAUGAUGAGAUUGAUUGGAUGAAUCCAGGAGAAACUAAAAGUGGUGGUGUUAGAUUAUAG